CUGAAUUCAGUUUCCUGCAUUUGUUGGAAGUCAUUUGAGUCGUCAAUUUAGCCUUGAGAGACGCACGGAAACUUUGCUGGGCAGUCUUACAUAUCUAAAAAAUAAAAUACGACUCCCGAGAUUUCUAUUCACGAAUAGUUUCAAAUACAAAUGAUUUAGAAAACCUACACACACUUUUUUCCAUGAAUAGAUAACUCACUAGCUUUUUGGAACUAAGUUAGGUAGCUUGUACCUUUACAGCCGGAACGAGUAUUUGUCUUUUUUCUUCAAAAUUCGACCAUGCCGAUUCGCUGCGAGAAAUUGAGAGAUAUAAGUUCUCUAGUCUUUGAAGUUUGAAUUAAUUCGAGUUCAAUUGUCUUAUGUUUUGUUCUUGCUGAGUCUGGAUUGCGAAGACAUAAACAAAGGCUCAACCUCAUCUCUUUGUCAUAAAUACUUAGCUGUUUAAUUUUACCUUACUGUCUAAACUGGCUGGCUACUUUCUUUAUUUUAAUCUGAUAUGUAUUAAGUUUGCUUUUGUUAACCCACUCAUGAAAAAAAUGUUUGCAAACUGGUCAUGCCGUAAUAAAGUGGGACAUUGCUGAAUAUUAUCAAAUUAUAUUACGACCUGUUGUGGCAGAUUUAUUGUCUAACUAUUGAUAAGCAUGCUUACAAAAUCAUCACAUAUAUUAUAUCUGCAUCUAUUGAUGGAAUUCCCAUUGUUUUUCUCCUUUCAUAAAAUAAAAUAAAAUUUUCAAGUCUUCAAUUUCUGACACUACUUCAGUACAAAUUUGCAUGAGACAAGCUCCUCUGCACGACUAACUAAUCCAAUAAACUUUCUUGUUCUUUCUACUUGAAUGGAUAUUACGUUUAAGCCUAGAUAGUUUCGAUGACCUAACUGUGUCUUCUUAUUGAAUUAUUUUGUCAGGAAUUCUGAACGCUGCAAUCUGGACUGAUUGGUGCGGUGCCGGCAUUUAACCAAAGCAAGAAAGAAUGCUAGGAGUUUCCAGAAUACUGGAGCAUGAGAAAUGUGAAAGCUACUUGGUUUUCAGCGGCGAAACUGCCCUUGCAGACUCCUUCCGGACAUUUUUAUAUUUUCUUGGUCUUGCUUAUUGUUUCAUUGGAUUAUCAGCUAUAACUGCUCGAUUCUUCCGCUCUAUGGAAAAUAUUGUUAAGCACAAAAGGGAGGUGGUAGAAAUAGAUCCCGUUACUCAUGCUGAAGUUAUUAGACAUGACAAAGUAUGGAAUUACACAAUUGCAGAUAUUAGCUUACUGGCUUUCGGAACUAGCUUUCCUCAGAUAUCAUUGGCCACCAUUGAUGCUAUACAAAACAUAGGAAACCUGUAUGCUGGAGGUCUGGGUCCUGGAACUCUUGUUGGUUCUGCUGCUUUCGACCUUUUCCCAAUCCACGCUGUUUGUGUAGUUGUUCCAAAAGCUGGAGAGCUAAAAAAGAUUGCUGAUUUAGGAGUAUGGCUCGUGGAAUUAUUUUGGUCCUUCUGGGCUUACAUUUGGUUAUACAUAAUUUUGGAGGUAUGGACUCCAAAUGUGGUGACUUUGUGGGAGGCCUUGUUGACAGUAGCGCAGUAUGGAUUGCUGUUGAUUCAUGCUUAUGCUCAAGACAAACGUUGGCCUUAUAUUUCUUUACCUCUUGCAAGAAGUGAGAGGCCAGAGGAUUGGGUGCCGGAAGAGACAGAUUCUCCCAAACAAGAAACUCAUGACUAUGAGGAGUUCGCCGAGAUCAUUUAUGACAGUGAAGAAAAUAAGGAUGUUGUCGACAUUUUUUCCGUUCAUUCAAAAAAUGAGACUGGUAAUUACCAGACGGGGCUUAAUGUGAUGAAGUAUCCUUUGUAUCAAAGAGUGCCUUCAACAGAGAAUGAUGCUGAAACCAUUGACGAUGCUACGGAAACGGUGUUGGGUGAUACUUAUUUUCGUAGACUUUGGAAACAGCAGUUUGUGGAUGCAAUUAUGUUGGAAAGCAAAAAUUCAAAAAAGCUGGACAACAUCUAUCUCCGCGCAGCUAGAAUUUUCUGGCAAUUGCUCCUAUUACCAUGGAGACUUCUGUUUGCUAUUGUUCCUCCAUGUCAUAUAGCUCAUGGUUGGAUUUCAUUCAUCUGCUCUCUACUUUUCAUCAGUGGGAUAGCUUACAUCGUGACUAAGCUUACAAAUAUGAUUAGUUGUGUUACAGGAAUAAAUCCUUAUGUCAUAGCAUUUACAGCAUUAGCGAGCGGAACCUCCUGGCCUGAUUUAGUAGCAAGCAAGAUAGCUGCUGAACGCCAGACAACUGCGGACUCUGCCAUCGCAAACAUCACUUGCAGUAAUUCAGUGAACAUAUACGUGGGCAUUGGGGUUCCAUGGCUGAUUGACACCGCAUAUAACUUUUUAGCGUAUAGACAGCCUCUGCGGAUCCAGAAUGCCUCAGGCCUAAGCUUUUCAUUGCUUGUUUUCUUCAUUACCUCUUUUGGGUGCAUCACGGUUUUGGUUAUUAGGCGUCUAGUUUUUGGUGCAGAGCUUGGAGGGCCAAGGCGCUGGGCGUGGAUUACCUGCAUAUACUUCAUGUUGCUCUGGAUCAUUUUUGUUCUGCUAUCUUCUCUCCGGGUUUCUGGGGUCAUAUAGAAUUAUAUUUCAGUUUCUCUCCUUUUGCCUCAUAUAGGUUUAUGAUUUUGAUUUGUGCAUCCAUGCUAAAACCUUCAGUCAUAUCCCUCCUCUUACUUCUCCACCUUUCGUUUAUGUAUUAUGUAACCCGUGAUUAGAAAUGGAACGUUAAUUAAAUAGAUUGAAAUGAUUCAUCUUUUUGUUUUUCUCGAUAUUCAA